AUUAUUAAAAAAAAAAUAAUUAAUUUGUAUAUUAAUUGCAUUAAUUAAAUAAAAAUUAAUUUAAAAUAAAAUAACUAUAGAUUUAAUAAAAAAAUGUACAAUCAAGAUGAAAAUAUUGUAAAAAAAGCUUUCCAAGAAGCAUUUUAAACAAAUGAUAAUAAUAAAAUAUGCUCAGAUAAUUUCCAAUAAAUCCUUUUAAAAGAAUAAAGUCAUAUAAACCAUGAUAGUAUAGUAAAUUUAUUAGAUAUAUUAAAAAAUGGUUCUCAUGAUGAUUAAGUUGAAUUGUAUUAACAUCAAUUGUUUUAUAAUUUUUUAUAAUAAUAGAGUAAAAUCUGCUUUAUUAUAAGUUUUAGAUGUUUGUACACAAAAAAAGCCUCUAUAUAUUGACGCAUUAUUUUUCCCUAAUGAAGAUGAAUCAAAAGUACAAUAUUAUUUAAAUUUAGCCACACAAUCAAUAGAUAUAUGUGUAUUUAUAUUAUCUAAUGAUUAUUUAGCAUGGACAAUUUACGAUCUUCAUAAAAAAGGAAUUAAAAUUAGAAUUAUUUCAGAUGAUGAAUAAUUAAAAUCUUAUGGAUCUGACAUUUAGGAUUUAUCUAAUGCAGGUAUUCCUUGUAGAACAGAUUAAAAUAAGGUUGCUCAUAUGCACCAUAAAUUUUGUAUUAUCGAUAAAUGCAUUUUAAUGAAUGGAUCAUUUAAUUGGACUAGUUAGGCUGUUGAUUAGAAUUAAGAAAAUUUAACUAUUAUAGAAAGCUAAGAGUUAUCAGAAAAAUAUUAAGAAUAAUAUGAUAAACUUUGGGAAUCAUUCGAAGCUUAAUAACUAACAAGUGAUGGAAAUGAUCCUUUUUUGACAAGAAAAAGACCAACCUGGAGAGAAAAGUAAAAAAAGAAAUAAAAUAAUGAGAAAAAUGAUGAAGGAAAGAAAUAAUAACCAAAAAAAUUUUAUUAUCAUAAAAAUAAGUGAAAAAAAUUUUAGU